AUGUCUUCAAAACAACAGCGUCAACAGCAGCUAAUGCUAAAUGCACGCCAAUGUCAGAUGCAGAUGAUGGCUGCUAAGCAACAACCAAGCACCGGCUGCAACAGUGGCAAUCCUCUACAGCAGCAAAUGCAGCCUCGAUCAGGGACAAUGGGGUCCAAAUAUGAUGACCUACCCAUACUGGAGCCCACUGAUGUUAUCUUUAUUUCUGAAGAUCCUAAGUCGACUGGUCUAGUUCCCGCCUUCUUCGGAUCUUUUGAAUCCGCCUGCCAGCACGGCACCCUCUCCACCAUUCAGUCCAUUGUCUCAUCCAAGAACCUCACACCUGCUUUUCUCCAUCAUGGUCUUACACGUGCUCUACGCUCCGGAAAUAUUGAGAUUGCUCGCUAUCUCCUAGAUAGUGGCGCACCAAUAGUUCGCGAAACUCCAAGCAAUAUCUUCUUUGUACCUUUGGAACAGCAAAUUGCCCUCUUUGAGCUCUUUACCCAGUAUAAUUGGACUCCCAAUACACCAGGCUACUAUGGUAGUGUCCUGCUCCCUCGAAUUAUCAAGAACACCCCUCUUCUUCGUUGGUUCCUCGACCACGGAGCCAAUCCCAACCUUGGGGUGCAGCAGACCACCCAUGACAGGUGUGGUGGGCCAGAUACUUCCUCGUGUGCUGCACUUGAGGCAGCUGCAGCUACUGGAGGAGUUGAGGCUGUGCGUAUGAUUUUAGAUGCGGGUGCUAACAUCCAAAACGGUGUACCACUACACUACGCCGCCGGGGCUUGUCCUCCCGGUACGAAUCCACAUGCUGGGAAAGUGGUACCAAGCCGUGAAUUUGAUACUAGCAGAAUUCCAGUGAUGGCACUACUAGUCGGUCGCGGGGCUGAUGUAAAUCAGAGAGAAGAGUCACGACACAUGGUCGCGCAGUAUGCGAUUGUAUAUGCGGCGAUGGCAGGAGCAGUUGAGCGGGUCAAGUGGUUGUUGGAGCAUGGAGCAGAUCCAUAUAUAAAAGGGAACUGGGGCAGUGCAGCUGAGUAUGCACUUACCUCGGGGAAUGAAGAGAUAACAAAGGUCAUUGGGGAAUUUACCCUAAAAAAAGCUUGA